CUAUAGACACCUUCAUCUCUUCAACACUAUCACAUAUUGUUUGACUGUACCAAAUAUUUUUUUAUCCUCUUUCGUUUGGUCGUUGAUUGAUUUUUUUCUACAGUGUUUUAAAGGACACACACAUAUACAUAUUUUCAUUUUCCUCUUACCUAAUUUCUUUAUCUGUCCUUUUUUUUUAACGGCCAUAUAUCCCUGCCCCUCCCCCCCUUUUGGUAAUUAAUUAAUCAUCGCUGGAUUUUUUUUUUAUGUGAGAGAAAGAGGAAAGUUCAACAUUGAAACAAACAAUAAUUCCCCCCUCCCCUCACAACAAAACUUUCCGUUGAACGCUUGUCUUCAAGAAAGAGAGUAAUCAUGGAAAGUCCGAAGAAGCCCAAGAUUCAAUCGAAUUCUACACUGAAGAAAUAUCUGUUCACACGAGAGAAACACUUAAGUAAGGCCCCAUAUUUAUACAGUUACACCUGGGCCCGCCAAUAUGGACUAUUUAAUGACCGGGCACGUAAACUGGCAAAACGGCAAGCUGCCCUUAACAUGCCACAAUUGUUCAAGGAGAAAGAAUUCAUUCUGGAAUAUUUUAACAAGAUUUUUGCAUCUCAGUGGUUGGAUAAGAAUUUGGUUGUCAUGGGUACCAAAUGUAACAAAUUAAUUGUACUAGAUGUGGUGACUGGACGCAUGUUUGACAUCCCAUCACUGAAGAGCAGCUCAUCAUGUGCUGCUGCUCCUGACUCCUGCGGUAUCCACAGCAUUGAAAUCAACCCUUCACGGACAUAUUUAGCAACUGGAGCAGAGACAACAAAUGACCUUGCUAUAUACAAGCUGCCAACAUUCGAUCCGCUUUGCGUUGGAGAACUGGCUCAUAAGGACUGGAUCUAUGAUAUGACUUGGUUGACAGAUGACACAAUAGUAACAGGUUCCAAAGACAGCACGAUUGCUAUAUGGAAGAUAAAGGAACAAAAUACAGACAUGUACAAUACAUUACCACCUCGCUAUUCCCAUAUUUCACCCGAAUGUAUCAAAAGAUGCGGUUCAGCUGAGAAAAUCCGGUCAUUUGCUUACUGUAAAGGACGACAGGAGCUUGCGUUGAGUUCGCUCAAUGAAUAUUUUCAAACGUGGGAUAUGAACAGAACUAAACAGGUGUUACAGUUAUCUUUACCCCAUUUCCGAGAGCCAGUCUGCAUGACAUACUGCAACGAAAGGCAAAUGUAUGCAGUUGGAUCGCAAGCUCAUGUCACCUUUAUUGACACAAGAACGCCGCAGCAAAUCACAAGCAUCAAGUCAAAAGAAGGAAAUUCUGGUAUUCGGUCAAUCAGUGUUCGCCACGAUGUCAUCACUCUGGGAACAGGGCUGAGUGUUGUGAUAUUCUUGGAUGUACGUACAAAACAGUUCCUGGAAACUCCGUCUGGGAAGCAUUGUCAAUUAGUUGUCAGUGAAGGUUGGACUAACAAAGAAAACAACUCGCCUUUGAUGCGGACGAGGUACUCCAAUUCCAUCUUCACACACAAGUACGAUGAUACAGGUGUCCGGCUAUUCACUGCAGGUGGGCCGAUGCCUUCGGACAUACAAGGAAAUUAUGUUGGCAUCUGGUCUUGACUUCAACAAAAACAACAACAGCAACAAGCAGUCUUCUUUAUUCACCCAUCUAUUUCUUCUCCCCAUCGUCUUCCAGAAGCCCACGAUGAAAUGAUUUCUUUUAAAACACAAUAACACUUUAUGUCCACACACACACCUGCACACACAUACACACACACACAUACAUGCACACUUACACACACACACAUACAUCAUUGCCACCAAACCUUUAUAACCAGUCUUCAGUACGAACAUUGUAUCUGCAUGAACCUGUUAAACUAUAUGUAGACCUUUACUUCAAAUGGAAUUACACAUGACUGAAAAACCCCGUUAACACAGAUAUCAUCAACACGGACACACUA